AUGAUGAUGAUGAUGGGCCGUGUGAUGUGUGUGUUGGCCGUUGUGCUGUGCUGCGCCUGUGGAGCUAUUCUCUCUGUUGGAGUGGCAGCCACUAGUCAUGAUGAAUGGAACGAUUUUCUUGGAACAGCUAUCUAUGAUUAUAAAUGCUUUAAGGAAAAAGAUAAGAACGCUAGUAAGGAUAUGACGUGUGAGGCAUGGAAAAAACAUAAGAAGGAGAUUGGAGAACCGGAUCCCUAUGCUCCUGCCUCUUCAACUCCUCAACCACUACAGAACACGGUAGAUCACCCUGUCCUAACAGAGGCCGUACAACGUCAAGAAAUAACAGGUGAGACUUCAUCACAAGGGGCUGAACUGGGGCAGGGAAGCAAAGGAACGAAAGGGGAUACACCAGAACACUCUGCCAGUGCCUCUGGAGAUGAGGGACAGAAACAAGAGACAGAUGCGACAGAUGGUGCAACCACAUCUCGAGGACAAACGUCAGAUUCUAAUGCAGCAGAACAAGUUAAUCAAGAAACAUCAAGCACAACAGCUAACAGUACACUUGGCAAUUCUAAACCUUAUCAGCAAUCAUCACCUCCAGUUGUUGAUGUGACUGCCGAAUCAGACUCACAAGGAACUACUUCCACUACUCCACAGAGUUCCGUGAGCGAUGUAAGUGAAGCACCAACCACCACUCCAUCUCCUGUACCCAAUGCAGAUAUUAACACCAUCGCUUCCACCGUACAGAAGAAGGCUAAUGUUGACAGCAGUGUCACUCCUGUGUGGAUGCGCACUGCAGCACCGCUGCUGAUUGUGGUUGUGUUGUUCUCCGUUACUGUGUACUGA